AUGUCAGGCAGCUUAAUACUUGACGAAGAAAUCGACGAAGCCUAUGAGCCAACCCAAGAAGAAAUUCUUGAUUACGCCAAGUGGCUUGGCAUGAAAUUACCUGAAGACAAAGAUUUUUUGUAUAUUGCCAAAGAAGGCUUAAAAGCCCCACUCCCUGAGCCAUGAAAAGCAUGCCAAAAUAAAGAAGGUGAAAUCUAUUUUUUCAACUUCCAAACAGGAGAAAGUGUAUGAGACCAUCCCUGUGACAAAUAUUACAAAGAUUUAUUCCAAGAGCUAAAAACAAAAAAAUCAAAAAGUCGGCAAUCCAAUCAUAAUAACAAUAACAGCAACCAGAUAGAAAGCCAAAAGAAAACUCAUACAAAGCAGGAGAAGCCACGGACAAGCUUAGAGAAAGCAGAUCCUUUAUUGGAGAUAACACAGCUUGAAAAAGAAUGGAAAAAGAAGCUGGAUGAAGUAAAGAAAAAAGGACAGCAGGAAUUGGAGGAUUUUAUUGUUGAUUUACAAAAACAGAAAGUUGUGGAAUUGGCAGAAUACAGGGGAGAGUUUGAUAAAGAUUUAAGAAAAAAAGGAGAAGCUUGGAAAAAACAGUUAGAAGAUUUAGAAAUCUUUGAGGCUUCUGCACCUAAAAAAGUAGCCUUGAAUUUAGAGGAAAAUAAAAAAUUAAUAGAAAAUGAAAGAAAAAGACUUGAAGAUCAAGCCAAUUCAGAAUUAGAACUGUAUAGAAGAGAAGAAAGCCAAACAACGCAAGUUGAAAUAAAUUCAAUGAAAGCAACGUAUGAUUUAGAAGUAAAAAGACUGGAAAAAGACUUUUGAGAUCAAAAAGUAACUUAUGAAAGUUCAAAGGUGCAGUCUGAUUUUUUAAUUAAAAAAUAUGACGAAGAUCUUAUAAAAGAAGGUAAAAAAUUGGAAAUUGAAUUUGAGGAAAAAUUGAAGAAAAUGAGGGAAGAAAAGAAAAAUGAAAUUAAUCGGCUGAAUUCGACCAAAAAUACCAAAAAAUUGGAAGAAAACUUAAGCUUUAAGGUGCAAGAAAUGGAGCAAAGAUAUAAAAUAAAAGUGGACAAUGAGAAAAGAAUAAUCUAUCAAGAUUAUGAAAAAGAGUUAUAAUGCUUUGGCGUGAUAUUGAUGAGGAUGUCCCUUCAAACUUCAAGAUUAUUUUAAUUUCCUGUAAAAUAUAUUAUACAAAUUUUAUAGUAUAAAUAAAAUUUUAACUAAAGCCAUUCAAAUAAGUAUAUCAUCUUUAAAAUCUAUUAGAGAGAAUGCAAAUGAGACUCCAGAAUUUAAUCAAUUUUCAAAUAUACACGAAAAGAAAAGAAUUAUUGACGAUAUCCAGCUAAAAUAUCAAGCAUCUUUUGAAAAAGAAAAAUCUGCUAUAGAUAGAGAAAUCGCAAUAAGGCUGGAAAGCGAAAAAAAUCUAAUUGAAUCAGAAUUUGCAAUUAAAAAGAAAAAAAUAAUUGAUGAAAGAUCAGUGCCAAUAAAAGAGUAUCCUGUAUCAUACGAAACAGAAAUGCUUAAAACAAUAAAUGAUAUUGAUGGAAUUAAUAAAAAAAUCCAUAUAAAAGAUGAAGAAAUAGAGAGAAUCAAAGCUCUUAUUUAUGAAAACUCAAAAGAAUUACAAAAGUUAACAAUUUAUAUUGAUCAAAGUAAUACAAUUGCAAAUUCAGCAAACAGAAUUGAGGACUUAAAAAGAGAAAUCGAAAGUAAAAAUAAAAUAAUUGCAAAAUUAUCCACUGAAAACCCUGAUAAAAUCCAAACACUUGAAGAAGAAAUAAAUAAGCUAAAAAGGGUCAUUUCGAAUAAUCCACAAAAAAAGAAAAGGAUUGAAAAAUCUGAAAGCGAGGAAAGUGAAAAAUUUGCGUAUAAUGGAAUUGGAAAUGAGCUUCGAGAAAACGAAAUUUUCAAAAAAUGGAGAAAUGAAAAGCAAAGUUCAAUGAAAAAGCUGACGAAUUUGCAUGUUUAUGAAAGUGAUAUUUUAGAGGACGAAGAUAUUGAUUUAAGUUCACCAAUGGAAAGAAACGAUUUAAGUAGAGGGCCGAAAAAAUAUGGGGAAUGGAUGAAUAACUUGCAAGAAGACCUUGAACAUAUGAUUGAUCAUUCAAGAAAGAUUCGUCAAGGUCUUUAA